AUGUCUCGUGUUGCAACUAACUAUUCAAUACCACGUUAUAAUAACGGUACUGGUGGACAAUCAAAAACUUCUUCAUUAAAUCAUUCUUCAAAUACUAUGAGUAAUAAAAAUAAUAUCGGUAAUAAUGGUGGACUUGGUGUCAAUGUACGUAGUGCAGCACCAGCACCUAUACAUAAAGAAACUGUACAUGCUUGUCCAAUUUGUAAUGGUGAAUAUAAAGAUCCUCGAGUAUUACCAUGUACACAUACAUAUUGUUUAAAUUGUAUUCGAGAUAAAUUAAUUAAUAAUAAUCAAUUUACUUGUCCAAAAUGUCAACAACAAGUUGACGACAUCGAAUUGAAUGAUUUACCACGUAAUGUUAUUUUAAGUCAACAAUGGCGUAUGAAUGUUCAACCUAUAACAUCAGUUCCAACACCUAAAAAACCUGUUACAUAUCAAUCAAUUAGUUCAACACCACCACCACCAAUACAAAUGCCAAAUCAACAAGAUAAACGUAAAUCAAGUACAGCAGAAAGUAAUGGUCAUGAUUCAACAACAAGUGGAUCAAAAUCACAUGGAAUUGCUUCACUUAUUAAUGUACUAAGUAGAUCAUCUGGUACUAGUGGAAAAACUAGUACACGAUCAUCUCGUUCAUCGAGUAUGUCAAAUGCACAACCAAUUGUUUCAAAUUUAGUAAGAAUUUAUUCUGAAGCUACAUCAACACGACCACAAGAAAAACCAAGAAGUGAAAGUGUUAUGUCAACAGGAAAAAAUGAUGAAUUAGUAAGAAUUUUUCAACAAGCAACAAAUCGUCCACAACAACAACAGCAGCAAAUUAUUAAACGACCAUCACAAGCACGUGAAGAAGCUUAUGAAGAAAUGACAUGGGAUACUCUUGUACAUGGAACUGUUCCAGUAGCUCCUCCAUUUCCAAAUCAAUGGCAUAAAGCAACAGAAAAUCUUCAUUAUCCACCGGAAGCACCUGAACGACCAAUAUCAGUUACAGGAUCUGAUCGAAGUUCACAGCAUGUAGAUCAUCUUCGUGAUAUAAUUGCAUCUAUAAAUCAACAAUCACAUCAACAAACUCCUACAUCAUUUCCACAAGGACAAAUUCUAUUGCCUCAAUCACAUAGUCGUCCUUCAACUGCUUCUCGUUCACAUACUGAUUUUGAUGAUGAGGAUGAUGAUUAUAAUAAUAAUCAAAUACCUAUACAACCACCAGCCUAUGCUAGUGUUCAACCACGACAAAAUAGUCGUGCCGAUAGUAUUCAAAGUAGUACUAGUAGUAGUUCAACAAUAAGACAGUCUCCAGCUCCACCAAUCAUAAAUACUUAUCAACAAAGAUCAACUAUUGCAUCUACUCCACAACAAAAACAAGAACAACAACAACAACGACAACGACAACGACAACAAUCUGAUAAAAUGUCGUCUCAUAGUUCUUCAAUAACUUCACCAUCAAGUCGAUCAUCAGAACGAUCUCCACUACAAAUUAUUCAAACAAUUGAUUUUGCUGGUGAUGAUAUUAUUAAACCACAAUCUCCAUCAGUUGCGUCAAUACGAUCAUUGGCUUCUGAUGAUGCCAAUGAUCAAAUACCUCCCAAUCAAAAUAAAUUAUCAUCAACUGAACGUUUUACAACUGCUGUCCAUAUUCCAUCACCACUUGCUCAAACAAAUAAUUCAUCACGUGCUCAUUCACAAAUUCAUAGUGGUUUAUCAACUCCAACACGUCGAUCAACAUCAAGAUCUAUGGAACGUGAUACACAUUAUAUUUUUCCAACUCCACCAUUAGCAACACCAGUAGCUGUAUCAUCACGUGUUGAUUUAUUAUUAUCGGAUCAAAAACGUUUAGAACGUGAAAUUGAUGAACAAAUAAAACGUUUAAAAUAUGAUUAUGAUGAUAUACGUAAACAAAUUCAUCAUAAAGAAUCUUCUAUACAUAAUGAAGUUAAAAAUUUAGCUGGAAAUCUUGAUGAAAAUAUAACAGAACACUAUAAUCGACAACAAAAAGCUUAUGCUGAUUUAGCUGCUGAUACAAAUAUAAUUGGAAAUGAAUUAGAACGUUUAAAAUCUCUUACAAAUACAAAUAAUAAUAAACCACAAUUAUGGGAUAAUCUUGAAAAAAUUGAAUUUAAUAUACGAAAUAUUCGUCGAGCUUUAGAACAACAAAAACAAUCACGUAAUGCUUUAAAAUUUUCUGAAGGACAUCGAGCUAUAGCAGCUGAUACAAUUGGACAAGUAAAUUAUAAUCAAAUAGAAUCUCAUCGACGUUUUCAUUCUCCACAACCACAACCACCACCAUUACCUCCAGCUCCACCAUCAUUUCAAAUUGAACAAACUACAACAAAUAUUGUACCAUAUAAAUAUAUUAAAAUUGAUCAUUUAUCAACAUUAGAACCUGAAACUAUGGCUAUAACAGAAAAUAAUAAAAAAAUUUUAUUAGGUAUAUGUAAUAAAUUAUUUAUACUUAAUGAACAUGGUGAUAUGCUUAAAACAAUUCCAUUAACACCAAGUAUACGUGGUUUAACUAUAUCAAAAAAAUAUCAAUUACAAAAUAUUGCUUAUAUAUCACAUGAUGAAUCAAUAAGUAUGAUUGAUAUUGAUAGUGGACAAACAUUAGAUUGUGUUAAAGAAACAGAUUCAAGUGGUCAAUCAGGUACAUUUUUACCAUUAGGUAUUGAUACAGAUAAUAUACGUGGAGAUGUUUAUGUAUGUGAUUAUCGUAAUUCAUGUGUAAUUAAAUUUGAUGAUAAACUUGAAUUUAUUACACAAUGGAGAAUUUAUAAUCAUUCCGAUCAAUAUGAUGAAGCUCGACCAAAAUUAAUUUCUGUUUAUGGACAAAAAUUAUAUAUGAUUAUUGAACAUUCAUGUAAACCUUUUUAUAAUCAAGGUAUUGCUUAUACAUUUUCACUUCAUAUAUGUGAUGCUAAUACUGGUAAUAUAAUAAAAAUAAUUGAUGCUGAUUUAUUAGCAACUCAACGUCUUCGUUGGCCAUGUUCUGUUCAAGCAAUAAGUAAUGAAAAAUGUUAUAUAUUAGAUACGAUGACAUCAGGCAAAUAUUUUAAUGGACAAUGGCAAAAACAUUGGUCACGUGUACUUGAAAUUGAACAAGAUGGCAAUAAUAUUGUAACAGAAUUAUUUCAAUUAGAUAGUGAAGCAGCAACAAUGGCAAUGACAAAACAAAUUAUGAUUAUUGCUGCUAAUGGUGACAUACUUUUUGUUGAUUUAGGAUUUCUUUCUAAAAAACAACAACAACAACAACAAAUUACUUAUGAUCCUAAUUAUCAAAAUUUACCGUGA